AUGCCACCAAGAAGAGACAUUUCAUCAUCACCUAAUAAUCAUUUCAACUACCCAGACACGCCAACUUCCGCUUCCAUAUACUUAUCCCCAUCCAAUUUAUCACCGCUCCCAUUUUCGCCCAGCUCGUCAAGCAACUCCGACUUGUAUCCAUUAUACGCACUAAUCGACUUAUGUCAAAACUGUAAAUCACCAUUAACGGCACCACACUACUGCCAAAAAUGCACCGCGGAACAUCUCAAGAAGCAGUUUACGGAAUGGACAAGCGGUAAUGUCAAAAUUGAUGCAAUAAUUCGAGAGUCACAAGUGACUGCGACCAAUCAUGAAGAGCUGAUUGAGUGGAUUUCGUUUGAUCGAUUUCGCGAAGUGACGUAUAUUGCGCAAGGUGGAUUCGGGAAAGUAUAUUCGGCUAUUUGGAUUGACGGACCAAUUGCUUAUUGGGAUAAGGAACGUGGUGAGUGGUUGAGACGACCACAGUAUAAAGUCGCUUUGAAAGUGUCGAAAAAUAAGGAAGAUGGCGAUUUCUUGCAUGAGUUUGAAUCUCAGAGAAGUGCAAAUAAAACCGGUCCUAAUUCACAUGUACUAUGGUUUAUGGGCAUCACUAAAGAUCCAUCCAUUCAAACUUACAUGUUAGUAAUGCCGUUCGCACAAUACGGCGACCUACGAUACUACAUUCACAAAAACUAUGCAAUACUCACAUGGCCACAACGUCUCAGAAUACUCUAUUACAUAUCGAAAGGUCUAAGUAAUAUCCACGACGCCGGAAUAAUUCACAAAGAUUUUCACACUGGGAACAUUCUUCAACUCUCCACACAUCAUUCAUAUAUCGGUGAUUUGGGUCUAUCCGAACCGGUCGAUACUCCGUCUCCAGACCAGAAAAAGAUUUUGGUCAAAGAAAGAUUGUGGUCAUGGUGGGAAGAAGUUGAUUUUGCUGAUUUGGAAUUAUCAAUAAUUAAAAAAGAUUUUAUGCUUGUGGAAGAGAAACGGAUUGAAGAGUUCGAAAUUAAAGAGCAAUUAAACCAGUCGCCAUCAUCAAAUAUUGAUUUUGUUCAUCCGCAAGCGUGUUAUUCGAGUCGAUUGCUUCCCAUGGCAGAUUUUUGUGACUCAUCGAAAAAUGAAGACGAGUAUCAGGAUUUCAUUGCAGCAGAAAGCCGCGAAAACGACAAUCUGAUAAAUUGGAAUGAAAGAGUUUCAGGUGAUUACAUAAAUUCGGAACACGAGCAACAUAGUAGUAGUAGCUGUAGUUCGUCAAAGCGGAGCACAUUCUCUUCUGACGCCAUUAAUAGUAAUAACUUGACGCAAAUCCCCGAUUCUCUAUUCUCGUUGAAGAAUGAGAAUAGCAAUAGCACCAAUAGCGGCUCUUCGUCAAAGAAUAAUUCAAACAUCUUGCCUCGGAAGUCUUCUGUAGUAGAUAUGACUUUGAGACGUGAGCGAGAAAUAACUCGGUUAGAAAAAAUCGAUGAGUCCCCAAUAAUGGAAAAUUACAUCAAAUCACAAGCCAUAAAGACUGGCAAUCAAACGACUGGAAUUACGACCGAAUUCUCUGCUUUCGAAAUUUUAAGAAGUUCUUCGAAGCAAUUCCAUGAUCCCGACGACUCCGAAGAAGAUUUUGAAGAAAAUUUUGAAGAAAAUUUUCAAGAGAGCUUGUUCAGUCGUAAAGAUUCAUUCGGUUCUAACGACAAACUCUAUACCCCAAUCCUGCCACCUGGUGUUCGCGAAUCCCAACAUACUGGCUUAACGCCAGAAAUCGGCCGUCUAUUUAGCCAGGAACUCUUUCCUAAGACGAAAGAAAUCACAGAUUUUACCGCCGGCUCGUUAUAUGAUUUCGAAUUAAUGUCUCCGCCGCCGAGCCAUGACUUUGACACUAGUUUCAAGAGAGGAGGGGUGCCGAAAGAACGAUGGCGUAAUUUUGAUAUCAGUAUGGAACAUUUUAGUUCUGGUAGAGUGAAACGGUCACACAUAGAUAGUGAUGGCGAAUCGAAUAAAGUGAAUGAAGAAGUUCGUUCUACAACCAUGGAAAGUUUCGUAAUUUCGUCGCCUGUGGGUGAAAUUGGACGACCAGAUUCUCGAUACGA